GCCGGCAGCAAUCACAGUUUGUUUUUGCAGACCCAGACGGCCUCAAGUGAUAAUCUUAUUUCCAGAAAUUGAACGCCCACUCACCAUGUUCAAGUUGAUUGUUGCCGUUUCAUUGCUGGUGGCCAUCGCGAGCGCCAUGCCGUCUGAUAUGAGUCCGUCGGAUGAGCUGCAGGUUCCCUCGGAAAAAGUUGAAGUUCAGGUGGAUGCUACUGCUGCUGCUGCUGCUGUAGCUGAAGAUGGGGAAAAUUUGGAAGCCAACAAGGAAGAAGGGCUCGAAGGAUCGGAAACGUUUGGAUUCGGGUACUAUCAUCACUAUCCGCGCUACUAUUAUCCGAGAUACUACUACGGAUAUCCACGAUACUAUGGAUAUAGCUACUAUCCUCGCUACUACUGGUAACAUGACAUUCUGAUAAAGAAAUAAAACAAACUCUCUUGGACUAUCUUUUUAAU